GCUGAGAGAGACUUUCCUGUCACUGGAUACUACUACUCCCAGCCCUCCUCGAAGCCGCCGGAGCAAACCCCUGGUCUUUAAUUUACGGGUAGCAAUUUGACUUGCUCUGCUGCAUGUCAGGUGGGACCGUGGAAAGUGUGGAGACGCCCCGCGGAUUAAGCGAUCGCAGUUUAAGGAGAAAAAAAGCCAAACAAAUAAACAGAACCCACCCACCCUAACAAACAUGAGGCUGUUGGAGAGAAUGAGAAAAGAAUGGUUCAUGGUUGGAAUAGUCCUGGCGAUCUCCGGAGCAAAGCUGGAGCCGUCCAUAGGGGUAAAUGGGGGACCACUGAAGCCAGAAAUAACCGUCUCCUACAUUGCUGUUGCAACAAUAUUCUUUAACAGUGGACUCUCAUUAAAUACAGAGGAGCUGACCAGUGCUUUGGUGCAUUUAAAACUGCAUCUUUUUAUUCAGAUCUUUACACUUGCAUUCUUCCCAGCAGCAAUAUGGCUUUUUCUUCAGCUCUUAUCGAUCACACCCAUCAAUGAAUGGCUUUUAAAAGGUUUGCAGACAGUAGGUUGCAUGCCUCCCCCCGUGUCCUCUGCAGUGAUUUUAACCAAGGCGGUUGGUGGAAAUGAGGCAGCUGCAAUAUUUAAUUCAGCCUUUGGAAGUUUUUUGGGCAUCGUUGUCACACCCCUGCUACUGCUGCUCUUUCUUGGCUCAUCCUCUUCUGUGCCUUUUACGUCCAUUUUUUCUCAGCUUUUUAUGACUGUUGUGGUUCCUCUCAUUAUUGGACAGGUCGUCCGAAGAUACAUCAAGGACUGGCUUGAAAGGAAGAAACCUCCUUUUGGUGCUAUCAGCAGCAGUGUGCUCCUCAUGAUCAUCUACACGACAUUCUGUGACACGUUCUCCAACCCAAAUAUUGACCUGGAUAAAUUCAGCCUUAUCCUCAUCCUGUUCAUAAUAUGUUCUAUUCAGCUGAGUUUUAUGCUUUUAACCUUCAUCUUUUCAACAAGGAAUAAUUCGAGUUUCACGCCAGCAGACACUGUGGCUAUCAUUUUCUGUUCCACACACAAAUCCCUCACGUUGGGGAUUCCAAUGCUGAAGAUCGUGUUUGCCGGCCAUGAGCACCUCUCUUUAAUAGCCGUCCCCUUGCUCAUCUACCACCCAGUGCAGAUCCUUCUGGGAAGUGUGUUGGUGCCAACAAUAAAGUCUUGGAUGGUGUCAAGGCAGAAGGGAGUGAAGUUGACGAGGCCAACAGUAUAACGCAGGAGGCACUCUUUACGCGGCGAUGUAUAUAUGUACAGGAUUGUACAGACACACUGUUCCGAAGACUUGUAUUUGUGAAUGUUGCUUCGAUGCAUAUUUUAUUUUUUUACACAAAAAUAUGAUAUAACUGUUUAAGUGCCUUAAAAUGUACUUGACGAGAGCGUUAUUCACAAGACCUACUUUGUGGGUUCCUGCCAGGGGUGGUACAGUAUUUUGGAGUUGUUUCUUUUUUUCUUUUUUUCCUAAGGCAGGAAAUAGUCAUCAUAAGUGACAAAAAGCGAACAUGCUUUCCUUGUACCACCUUCCGUGCAGUGCCGCUCUCCCCUAGUUACUGUAUUGUUCGAAAUGAGGUCACAGCAUUAGGAAAAUGCCCUUCUGGUGACAGUGAAAAUUUCCAGAGUCUUAUUCAUGGAUACUUUGAUUCACCAUGCGAUUCUUUUUUCCUGCAACUGUGACAUGCCUCUUCCUUAUCAACCCAGCAGGGGUCAUAGAUUGGAUAGAUGCUGAAAAGCGUAAGCUAUCUGCAUUUCUUGACAUCACUUUUUAAGACAUUCCUUCAAAUAGCUUCCACACAGAAAUUCCUCAAUUCCAUUAUAAGAGAUUGCUAUAUGUCUGAAAUUUGUUAUAAACUGCUUCACAGAAAGGGUCUGAUGUUUGAGGUAUGAGUUAACGUUAUGAGUAAAGUUUUAAGAUAAAUUGCAGGAUCUGGGUUUCAGGAUUUUCAAGACUAUAUUUCAAAUGUUUUUCCUUAUUCUUCCAUAAUUUCUUUCUUACCUGUUUUCAAACACGCUUGCAAAUUCGUAACAGCCAAAUGUGAGACACAAAAAUGUCACAGUCAGUUUGAGAGCAGCAACAUUAGUGAUGGAUUAUGUUCACAGCCCGCAACUGAGACCAGAGUGUUUCUCCUGUUACACGGAGGCGCUGAGUGUGAUCUCCCCUCUAAGCCAGAAGCAGCCUGUUACGUACCUUGAAUUAAGCACACUUAAGGCAUUUGGGACAAGUUAUUAAGGAGCAUUUCCUUGGCGGAUUUGACAAAUGUUUGCAACACUUUCUUAAAAAAUUAAAUCACAUCGCUCUCAUGAAGAAAUGAAAAUAUAAAGGUCAUAGAUGCAAACAAAUGUUACAGACACACAUUCUGUCUAGCUAGAUGGAACGAAAAAUAGACACAGAAAAUGCAAAACCAUUCAUGAACCAAAAUAUCAAGCCAAAUUAGUUCCCAGUUGGGCAUCAGCUUUCCACAGAGUAUUCAAUGUCUGCUUCUACUGUAGCUGGAAGAGCUUUCACGACCCAAAUAGAGAGGGAACAAAAAAGCAAUAUAUAGAAAUAAGGGAACACUGUUUCCUGCACACCAUUCUGUCACAGCCCGUCUACGUGUCUUUUCUUGAUUUGACAGAUGAUAUUGGCAUCCCAGGUCACACGGAGGCCACCCCUACAUCUUCAGCAGCUAUUUUGUUGUUUUCUCGACAAAAAAAAAACCACAUCUUAGAAACUUACGAAGUUUAUCAGUAGCAUAAAUGCAUA